GGUCGGGUGAACGACGAGGCGGGUCGCGAUGGGGCGGGACGGUCAAUGAGGUGGCCCCGGCAGGGGCGGCACCGCGUUCUUCAGCCCCAAUGGGCGAGCGCGCUGGGCGGGGAGCGGCGGCGGCGGCGCACGUAGCUUUCCCAAGAUGGCGGCCUCUCCGGACCGAGCUGCGAAGGCAGCUGCGGGGCUGGGGGCGGCGGGUGGCCGCUGAGGGAGGCGGCAGGGGGCUGGCGGCGCUCGCCUUACCUCCCAGCAGGCUGAGGGGGAGUUUUCCGCGCGGCCGCCGGGCUUCACCAUGCUGCGGGGCUAGAGCCGCCGAAGCGCCGCAGCGCAGCGGGUAAUAAUGUUAGCAGAGACCAGUCUUUCCAUAUGGGGAUGGGGAAGUCUUGGCCUUGUGCUUUUUCUAGUAACUUUUGGACCCUUCGCUAUAUUUUAUUUUGCAUUUUAUAUCCUCUGCUUUGUGGGUGGGGGUUUGGUGGUUACUUUUUUAUUUGGAAAACGCAACUCGGAAAAAUAUCUUGAGCAGUGUGAACAUUCAUUUCUUCCUUGUACAUCAGUUGGGAUCCUUAAGUGCAUAGAAGAAAUGAAACGUGAAGCCGGACCUGUUAAGAUUGACAGAAGGCUGACGGGUGCGAAUAUCAUUGAUGAGCCUUUGCAACAGGUAAUCCAGUUUUCCUUGAGAGACUAUGUGCAGUAUUGGUAUUACACGCUAAGUGAUGAUGAAUCAUUUCUUCUGGAAAUCAGACGGGCUCUUCAGUAUGCACUUGUUCAGUUUUCUGCCAGGUCUAAGGAAACAGACUGGCAGCCUUAUUUCACUACACGACUUGUUGAUGACUUUGGCACUCAUCUUCGAGUUUUCAGAAAAGCUCAGCAAAGAAUAGCAGAGAAAGGUGAUCAAAUGAAAGACCAAGCUGAGGAACUUGUAGAUACAUUCUUUGAGGUUGAAGUUGAAAUGGAAAAAGAUGUCUGUCGUGAUCUAGUCUGCACUUCUCCCAAAGAUGAAGAAGGAUUCCUAAGGGAUCUGUGUGAGGUUUUACUGUAUAUAUUGCUACCUCCUGGAGACUUCCAGAACAAGAUCAUGCGAUACUUUGUCAGGGAAAUCCUCUCCCGAGGAAUUCUUCUUCCAUUAAUAAACCAGCUCAGUGAUCCUGAUUAUAUUAAUCAGUAUGUCAUAUGGAUGAUUCGUGAUUCCAACUGUAACUAUGAGGCCUUUAUGAAUAUUAUUAAAUUAAGUGAUAAUAUAGGAGAGUUGGAAGCAGUGAAAGAUAAAGCAAGUGAAGAACUGCAAUAUCUUCGAUCUCUAGAUACAGCAGGAGAUGAUAUCAACACUAUAAAAAAUCAAAUAAACAGUUUAUUAUAUGUUAUUAAAGUAUGUGAUUCAAGAAUUCAGAGGUUGCAGUCAGGAAAAGAAAUUGAUACUGUGAAACUGGCAGCAAACUUUGGAAAACUUUGCACAGUCCCUUUGGACCAUAUUCUGGUAGACAAUGUUGCACUACAAUUUUUUAUGGAUUACAUGCAGCAGACUGGUGGCCAAGCACAUCUGUUUUUCUGGAUGACAGUGGAAGGAUACAGGGUUACGGCACAGCAACAGCUGGAGGUACUUCAAAGCCGGCAGAAAGAUGGAAAACAUCAGACUAAUCAAACCAAGGGUCUAUUAAGAGCAGCUGCUUUUGGAGUUUAUGAGCAAUAUUUAUCUGAAAAGGCAUCUCCAAGAGUUAAUAUUGAUGACAACUUAGUAGCAAAACUGGCAGAAACACUGAACCACGAAGAUCCCACACCUGAAAUCUUUGAUGACAUUCAGAGAAAGGUGUAUGAAUUGAUGCUGCGAGAUGAAAGAUUCUACCCUUCAUUCAAACAGAAUGCGCUGUAUGUGCGUAUGUUGGCUGAGCUGGACAUGCUGAAAGAUCCGAGUUUCAGAGGAUCAGAUGAUGGUGAAGGAGAAUCUUUUAAUGGAUCUCCUACUGGCAGCAUAAAUCUGUCCUUGGAUGACCUUUCAAAUGUCCCUUCUGAUGAGACUGUUCAACUCCAUGCAUAUAUCUCAGAUACUGUUUAUGCUGACUAUGACCCAUAUGCUGUGGCAGGAGUGUGUAAUGACCACGGCAAGACUUAUGCACUGUAUGCCAUCACAGUCCACCGGCGAACUCCAAACGGCGAAGAGACGUGGAAGACAUAUCGACGCUACAGUGACUUCCAUGACUUCCACAUGAGGAUCACUGAGCAGUUUGAAAAUCUUGCAAAUAUACUGAAACUUCCUGGCAAAAAGACAUUUAACAAUAUGGACAGAGAAUUUUUGGAAAAGAGGAAAAAAGAUUUAAAUGCCUAUUUGCAGCUCUUGUUAAAUCCUGAGAUGAUGAAGGCUUCUCCAGCUUUAGCCCAUUAUGUGUAUGACUUCCUGGAGAAUAAAGCUUACAGCAAAGGGAAGGGAGAUUUUGCACGAAAGAUGGACACAUUUGUAAACCCACUGCGUAACUCUAUGAGAAAUGUAUCAAAUGCAGUCAAGUCUCUCCCUGACAGCCUGGCAGAGGGAAUGACUAAAAUGUCAGACAACAUGGGUAAAAUGUCAGAGAGACUGGGACAAGACAUAAAGCAAUCAUUUUUCAAGGUGCCUCCUUUGAUCCAGAAAACCUAUUCAGAUCCUGACCAUUGCCGUGUUGCAGCAACAAUUGAUGACAAUGUAGAUGACAAUAUUCCACUCAGAGUAAUGCUCCUCCUUAUGGACGAAGUCUUUGACUUAAAGGAAAGGAAUCAAUGGUUAAGAAGAAAUAUAAAAAACCUGCUUCAGCAACUUAUUAGAGCAACAUAUGGUGAUACAAUUAAUAGAAAAAUAGUUGAUCAUGUUGACUGGAUGACAUCUCCUGAGCAAGUAGCAGAUGCGGUGAAACGUUUCAGAGAUGCUUUUUGGCCAAAUGGCAUUUUAGCAGAGACUGUUCCACGGAGGGACAAAGCUAUUAGAAUGAGAACAAGAGUGGCAGGGAAGACCAAAUUACUGGAGGUAAUGCCAGAUGAACUGAAGCACAUCAUAGGCGCUGAGACAACGCGGAAAGGCAUUCUCCGGGUCUUUGAAAUGUUCCAGCACGCCCAACUGAACAAGAGAAUGGUGUAUGUGUUUCUAGAGAGAUUCCUAGAAACCUUAUUUCCACAAAAUAAGUUCCAUGAGCUCUUCAACAAACUGCAUUCACGGUCAAAGCAGAUGCAAAGGUAUAAGCAGAGACUACAUUCUACUCAAGCGCCUUCUUUGCAGAAAAGGUGACACUUCAAACCUACUAAGCUGGUGUAUGUUUGUCCAGGACUAAUUACUUGGACAGAUUCUCUGGGGCUUCAAACUCACAUGCUGUUACUUCUGCACCAGUCUUCUAGUGUCACAUAUUAGAUAAUUAAUGCAUCUGUAAGACCUGUGGAUCUUCUCAUCUUCACUUGUAAUUCAACCACUACCAAAAGGGUUUGUGUGUCUUGAAUAAUUUGGUGCGUGUUCAUGCAACAUUGAGAAGAAUAUUAGCCCAAUAUAGAAGAAUGCUGAUUCUUUCCGUUCCUGAGUCGAUGUUUUACCAGCAAUGAAAAGUGCCAGACUGUCCAGGUAAAGCACAACUGUGGUGAUAGAGUGGAAGAAAAGGGUGUUUUGGCACUGGGAAAUAGUGCAAUGUGUGAGAAUCAGGUGGAAGUGUUCUGUAUUAUAACUGUUGAGGCUCUGUAGGGCUCUUUUAACAUUCCUGUAAAGGCUGAGCUAGCAGGAAAAGCAGUCUCUGGAAUAGCAGGUUCAUAGGAGAGAGGAGAAAUAGUUAUUGUCCCAUCAUUAAAAGUACAUUUAUUAAAGAAAAGUUGAGGUAAUGUGGCUUUUAUGCUACCUUUACUUCACCUUUCUUGUUUUGAAAAAUAAACUAACAUUAGAUCUAAUGGAGAUUUUAGUGAAGGCAGAGGUACAGUAGAAAUAAACCCUUUAUUCAGAUUAUUCUGUAGCUUUAAGGGCCAUAUUCUGCUCUUACAGCACCUGUCAUACAUAUAGUGCAUGUAACUUCAGUGGAGAAGGGGCAUCGUAUUUAUGUUCAAUCGGUGAACACUGGUCAAGUUGAUGGUUGCAGAAGGAAGGGGGUACAAGUUUCAAAAAGGAUAGACAUCACAUUGGAAGGAGAUUGCACUAAGACAUAGUUUACACACAACUCUCCACUAAAGUUUGAGACUAUUUGGAUGUCCUACUCAAUGGAAAGAUUCCUUACCCUUUACUGUGCAAGCCUCCUAUGGAAAAAAUAUUUAAAUUAGCUGGUUCCUCACAAGGGAAGGUUUUCAUUGGCAAACACUUGGAAAUUCCUGAAUGCAUCUCAGUGUAUAUAUGAAAAUAAAAAGGAGAUAAAACUACAAUAUUUUUUUAACUAUUUUUUUUUAUUUUUUUGCAUAGUGUAAAUUUGACUACAAAUCUGACAUCCAGGCCCCACAGCCAUCUGUUCAGUUUCAUUGAAGAGUUUCUGUCCAAUUAAAAACUAAGU